AUUGAGAAAUUCGCUCUUGAGGAGGAGGAAGCAUCACUUACUGCACGAUAUAAGGCAGGUCUAUAGCUGUGGCAGCGAGCCCGCUCCGGUGGAUCUCGGCUAGAGACUGCUUGCUCAAAAUUGACAGCGAAACAAGUAAGUCUCCUCUCGAUAUCUUAAGUUCGCUUGGCUAAGUGGUAAACGUGUCCAUAUGAUCCAUGCUUUAAGAAGGGAAAGAUGUAGACCCGGGCAAGCCGCUGCUCUUUUGAGCUUGAGUAAGGAUGACAAGCACGUUUGCCUGGACGAUCGUCAAGUAAGCACCGCUGUCGACGAGCUCGACAGAUCCGGCAGAAGCUGCUCCUACGACACUUACGCUAGCUUUCUACGGCAGUGUGGUGACAACAGGGCCUUGGAGCAGGGGAAAAAGGUCCACGCUCUCAUUUCCCGGGAAAAAGGUCCACGCUCUCAUUUCCGCGGGGACAGGUUUUUGGGAAACUUGCUGGUGCAAAUGUAUGGCAAGUGCCAGAGCUUGGAUGAUGCUGUCGCGGCUUUCGAGAGCAUCGAGCGGAAGAAUCUCUUCACGUGGACGAUAAUGUUCGCGGCGUUUGCCCACAAUGGGUAUGUUCUACAGGCAAGGGAGCUGUUCGACAAAAUGCCGCAAAGAGAUCUGGUUUCCUGGACCACGAUGGUGGCUGCCUAUGCCAGCAAUGGUUGCAACGGUGAAGCUCUGGACGUGUUUAAAGCGAUGGACUUGGAGGGUGUCCAGGUCGAUGGCAUUGCAGUUCUGAGUACGUUGGAUGCUUGUACUGAACUCGCACACGGUCGGGUGAUUCAUCAGGCAGUUUCAGGGACGAUCCUUGAAGACGACGUGAAAGUUGGAACAGCGCUGGUCACCAUGUAUGGCAGAUGCCACUGCCUGGUAAGUGCUCGGAUAGCCUUUUGCGAGAUUUUCGAGAAGAACCUGAUCUCCUGGAAUGCCAUGGUUGCAGCAUACGCUCAGAAUGGAUCCCGUAAGCAAGCUCUGCUGGUGUUUCGCUUCAUGGAUCUGGAAGGAGUUGGGCCCGGCCCCGUGACGUUUACCAGCAUUUUGGAGGUAUGUGCGAGCUCUUCCGCUCUGGAAGACGGGAGAUAUAUCCACUCCAAAGCAGUCGCAUCAGGAUGCCACAACGAUGUUAAGGUGGCAAGCGCGCUCGUCAACAUGUAUGGAAAGUGUGGCAGCGUUAACGAUGCAAAGCAGAUUUUCGACAGCGUUCCUCACAAGAACGUGGUGACAUGGUCGGCCAUGGUUGCUGCUUAUGCUCAGAACGACUGUGGGAAAGAAGCUCUCGAGCUGGGGAUUUACAUGGAUCUGGAGGGCCUGCUACCGAACGAAGUUACUUUCGUCAGCAUGGUGGAUGCGUGCGCUUGCAUCCCGGCGCUGAGACAGGGAAGGCUGCUUCACGAGGGCAUCCGCGUGAACUUCAAGGCUCCAUUGGUACUCGAGCUUGACAACGCUUUGAUCCACAUGUAUGGACAGUGCGGGGCCCUUGAGGAUUCCAGGAAAGUUUUCGACAGCAUGGGCCUCCGGGACAGCAUCACGUGGAACGCUUUGAUAACAGCGUACGCUCAAAAUGGAGUCCCUGAGGAGGCCUUGGUUCUGUUCCAGGAUAUGAAGCUAGAUGGAACAAGUCCGUCCGAACUCACCUUCAUGAGCGUUCUGUCGGCUUGCAGCCACUCUGGAUUGCUCGGGUACGCAAGGCAGUGCUUUGUCUCUAUCACCGGUGAUUUUUUCAUGGCUCCGGUGGCAGGUCACUUUCGGUGUCUGAUCAAUCUUCUGGGCCGAGCAGGGAGGCUGACCGACGCAGAAGAAUUGAUGAGCAGCAUGCCGUUUGAAGCCAGUGGCUUGGAGCUGGCGAGCUUGCUUCAUGGAUGCAAGACACAGGGAAGUCUCAGAGGAGGAGCUCGAAUCGCAAGAAAAGUCAUGGAAGGCGGGGAUCCGGUCGGGCCUUCCUCACCUUAUGUGUUGCUAUCAAGCAUCUGGAGAGACAGCGACCAGGAGGAGGAAGAGUUACAGCAGCUAUAGGCAGAAAAAGUGCU